CAUUUUCUUCAUCACUUCUCUCUGUGUGUGUUCAUUUGAAUGAUGGGCAUUUCAAAGUUGAAGUCUUUUUGCUCCUUUCUCGGUACCCAUUUGCCAAAAAAUGGUUCUUGUGUUUAUCUCUGUGCUGCUGCAUGCAUCUUUUUCUUCUUCCAUGAUUGAAAACUCGGUUCUUUUUUUCCUAAUGAAUCAUCUUGGUUUUGAAUUUUUUUUUUGAAAAUUUAAUAGUUUAUCAGCAAUGACAUUCUUCUAGGAAUGAUGAUAAGUGUGUGUGGUGCUGCCUUGUAAAUAACGGAACUCUUUGUAUUCUUAUGGAUACAAUUUUUUCUUAAUGGUCGGUGCAUUUUGUCCCUUAACACAAAUUUGAAGUGUUUGGUGCUUUUCACUCUCUGUAUUCUUAUGGCUACAAUUUUUUCUUUUGGUUUUUUGCUGCUAAGAGUGCUAGUUACUGAUUAGUCAUCAUCUAUUCAUCUUAUGAUGAUUCUUCAGAUUUUAUUUGGGGAAUUCAAGGUUCUAUUUUAUUGUUUUAUUCUUUGUCUUUUCCUAUGUAGGUUGUUGUUGGUGGUGAAUCUGAAAUCUAAGAAAAUAGUGAGGGAUAGAAUGGGUGAAAUGAAGAAGAAUCAACAGUCAAACUGGUGGUGGCUUGACAGUCAUAGCACCACAAAACGAUCCCCAUGGCUUCAAUCUACACUCACUGAGCUAAACGAGAAGACGAAGGCAAUGUUGAAACUAAUUGAAGAAGAUGCAGAUUCCUUUUCACAACGUGCAGAGAUGUAUUACAAGAAGAGACCAGAGCUCUUGAGAAUGGUUGAAGAUUUCUACAGGUCACACUGCUCGUUAGCGGAGCGAUACGAUCAAGUCAAACCCGACCCGGGAACUCGCCUUAUGAAGACAAGGGUGUCCCCUUUUUCUUCACCCAAGUGUCAUCAAUCAGAGAAGUUUAAGAGCUUUUCUGAUGAUGGUUAUUCUGAGAGUUGUGGUGCAGAGGAGGAGUCUGUGAAAUCUGAAGUUGAUGAUCCUGAGCUUGAAGAGGAUACUAAAUCUAAAGUAGAGAAGGAAGUUCAGUUUGUGGCUGCAAAUGAAGUGAUGAGUCUGGGGGAGGAAAUUGAGAGGCUUAGCGAAGAGAACAAGGCUCAUGAGGAACAAAUCAAGAAGAAAGAAAAUGUUCAUGAUGAAGUAAUGCUGUUGAGGGAAGAAAUAGAACUGCUCAGGAAAGAGAAUAAAGCUCAGAAAGAUGAACUCAAGAUGAAAGAUACCAUUUGCAAUGAAGUGGUGGUGUUAAGGGAAGAGAUAAAAAGAUUCAGAGAAGAGAACAAGGCUCAGAAGGAUCAUCUCAAGCAGAAAGAUGAAGAGAAAAUAGAGGUGAUAAGACACCUGAGUUUUGCAAUCAAUGUGCUGAAAGAGGAGAAUGUGAAGAUGAGAAGCUUCAUUGCUAAGCAGGGUAAGGAGUUUGCCAAGAAAUGGAAGAACCCAUUUGAGUUCAAUAAACUCAUUGGAUCACUACAAGGGAAGUUCCUCAAUCUCAAUGGGAUUCCAAGGAAACAUAAGCCUAGUGUUGUAGCUCUCUAGAAUUUAGAUGCAAGGCUCACAAAGUAAAUAGAGUAAUUCUGUAUAAAAUCUUAUAUACAUGAGAUAGGUGCUUACUCAAGUAGCCUUAGAAAUACAGAAUAUGUUCUUAGUCUGAAAAUCCCAGUGUACUAUCUUAGAUAUAACUAAAUAGAAAUUUUGUAUACAUGUCCCUUGUUGGUGAAAUAUGCAUAUUCAAUUUUUCUCUGUUU